GCAUUUUUUUGCCAUGUCACGAUUAUACUUGUUAACAUAGAGAGUGAUCUGAAUAUAACCCAUAGACGCAAUAGUGGCCCUCGCCCAUUCUAAAGCUUGACAGAAAAAUGGAUUUUUUCGUCUUGUUAACGCUUGGACUUGUGUUUUUAAGUUUUAAACAAGUUUUAACUUUCCCAGAGGGACCUGGUUGGCAUGCUUGCCACGGACUUGUGCCUAAUGUUUUUACGCACGGAGAGGGACAAAAUUCGGUUUCCCCAUAUGAGAUUAUAUUGUCGUCUUAUUCAUAUACAGCUAAUACUCCAAAUAUAACUGCAACAAUACAAAAGAAACAAUCGACAACAGUUGGUUUUAAGGGAUUUAUGGUUUCCGCGUAUGAUAGCAAGGGGCAACCAGUUGGUAAAUUUCUUGCUGGGGCAGAGAAUAGACCUAUGUGCGAUUAUUACACAGCUACAGGUCAAAGUAACGGAAAAAUUAAAGAUUCGGUUGAUUUGAAUUGGAUACCACCUGCAACUCCAGUAGGAGAUAUUAUAUUCAAGGCUACAAUUCUUCAGAGCUUCAAUACCUUUUGGCUCAGGGUACCUGCUUUAACUUUAACUGGACCUGGAGUGGCUGAUGAUCAGAAACCACCUCCACCUGUGAAUACAGGAAGUUCGACAGAUCAAUUUGAUUUUACUAAAUGUGGCAAAGAAAGAGGCUGUUUACGAUUUCCCUCUUCGUGUAACUCUGAAAGUAGCUGUCAAGGCGUUGUAUUCUGGAAAGAUGCCGGCGAUUAUAUUGAAUUCGAUGUAUCUGUUAAUGGCAGUUUUAGAUCAGUUGGUAUCGGCUUUUCUAAAGACAAUCUAAUGUCUGAUGACAGUAUAUUCGGUUGUUUCAUAAAAAACAACUUUGAGGAAUUUAACGCUGAUAACUAUUAUAGCCCAAAGAAUCCACAAAAUAUCCUUUUCAGUAAGAUUAUUGAAAGAAAACCUAUUCCUGAUUCUGUUAUCCUUGAUGGAGCAUCGUUCAAUGCUUUACAGAGAUUAAAAUGCAAAAUAAGAAGAAAGAAGUCUGUGGCUGGAGAGGAAGAUAAAUUUUUCGAUAUAAGUGCUGGCAACUCAUAUUACUUGAUGAUGUCUAUUAGCGACUAUAGCGUUAAUUGGACACGUUAUGAAGGAUUAUAUUAUCAUGGUUUUACCAAAGUUAUUACGAAAUCUCCAGUGAGCAUUAUUUAUCCUCCUGCUCCUACGGAACCACCUAGUACCGGUCAGGGCCAGUUGAAGCUUCCAGGGGGUUGUGAAAAGUCAGAGUGCCAGGGAAUGGUAACUUGGAGAGAAGCGGAUGACAGCAUGGAAAUAUCAAUGAAAGCAGCAAAAGGAUUUGACUACGUUGGUUUUGGAUUAUCACAUGACAGAAAUAUGGGCGAUGAUUCAAUCAUAAUUUGCUCAACGUUAGAUCCAAUUCCGAAAGCUGUAAAUUACUAUUCCAGAGGAGCUGGUCUACCAGAUAAAAUAGGCGAACAGGGAAUCACAAUGGGACAGUCCUCGUCAGAAAAUGGUGUUCAGUGCGUUUUCAAAAGGAAGAAGAUAGUGGAUAAUAAUGAAAUUUAUGAUAUAUCCAAAGAUAAGAAAUAUCAUCUAUUCCUUGCUGUUGGUAAAAUCAAAGAUAAUGUACCUCAGUAUCACGGUCCAGAUAAAAGAAGCACAGCUGAAAAGUUUACUUUACUCGAAAGUGUAUCUAUCCCACCGACACCACCUAAAACGACAAAAGCACCUAACAAACCAUCGAAUAUAGACUUCGACGACUGCGGAAUUAAAAAGAGUUGUUUUAGAUCACCAGCUAAUUGUAAUCCAGAAUCAGCAUGUAAGUUUUCCGCAACUUGGAAGAAAGUUGAUGACUCUUACGAAUUUGAGAUUUCUGGAGCAAGUGAAUUUCAAUAUGUCGCCUUAGGUUUAUCUUUCGAUAAAAAGAUGGGUGAUGAUAGUGUUCUCGUUUGUAAUGAUAUAUUGUCAGAUCAACAAGUAGUUAUUUACUACACUGAAGAUAAAAGUCCUAAACGUCUUGGAAAUGAUGGAAUAACAGUUUUGAAUACAAAAUUUGAAAAUGGAAUUUAUUGUAAAUUUAGGAAAACUAUAAACAGUAAUUCCAAAAAUAUUUAUAGUUUGGAGGAUGGACUUGAAUAUACACCUCUUCUUGCUGCUGGCCCUUCUAGAACGGCAAGGAAUUCAAAAGACAUAGCUUAUCACGGCUCGAAUAAAAUCGCAUCGAUUGUACAAAUUAAAAUGGGAAAGUUAGUAAAUAUUGGAGGGGACACAGAAACUCAAAAACUCGUGAUAGCUCACGGCGCUUUAAUGACUGCUGCUUGGCUGAUAUUUGCAGUUUUUGGAAUAUUUAAUGCAAGAUAUUUUAAAACUCUAUACGCUAACAAGAUCUGUGAAUUAGAUGCCUGGUUUGUCGUAAGUUUUAAAAAAAAGAAAAAGAAAAUCCAAGGUUUUUUACCUGUUUCAUUUAAUUUCUCUUCCAAAAUAGUUGCACAGGAUUAG